CGGAAGAGGGAGGAAGCUAGCAGUGCGAUAAACAUGUGAUAACAAUAUGAUAAAAUUGAAAACGUCUCACCGCAUGCGAUAAAGUCGACCACGCCGGCGAAGUGCGCCAGUUUACGAUCUGCCGCGAGCGUAUGUGGUUGGGUGCACAACCCUAUUCAUCCCGAUGAAUUCCCCCGGUCACUGUCGUUGGAACUGUUGCAUUCAAAGCGUUGACAGCUUUUCUGGUGGUUCUAAGUUAUUGGGCAAGAAUUCGCGUGAAGUGUUGGAGUGUUGCAGAACUGCGAAUAAGACGAUACACAAAUUCGUUAGAAGAGAAGUUUGAAUUUGAAUUGAUUAUUGACUAUGAUGGUUCAUUUAGGAGUUCUGGUGAAGAGGACAAUGUCUUUACUUUUGUAACAUGGAUGGAGUCGAAGUCAUACACAGAUGUUGAGACUGAAACUGGUGUAGAUGAAGAAGUACCCGUUGUAUCAAGUGCAUUUGAUGAAGUGCUCACAAGUAAUCCAUGUGAUAACGAAGGAAUCGCUUCUGUAGAGAUGCUAGCAACACGAAAGCAACAAGCUGCACAGGGCUCUAAUAUGACAUUACCAAUUUGUAUCAUUAUUACAUAUUUUUAUUUAUCUUUAUUUAGUUAUCUAUUUGUCGUCGUGAACAUGAAACCGUUGUUCUCAUCGUCAGGUGAUUUGAGCAUUUUUACUCAUUCGGGUAAUAGAAUAACAUUGUCCGAUGUCCCUGCUGCAGUUCCCGCUGACGUCGAUGUUGGAGUAAAUUCAAAUAACGAAUCCAUAAUCGCACCAACAACCGAAGAAUCAAAUGAAUGUAGUGGUGAUACAUUCGAAGAUGCACUUGGCGUUACUCCUGAAGAUUGGAGUUUCCCCGUUUCAAAUCGAGUUUCAUCAAACAUCUCGGAAGUUGGCGCUGCUACGGUGCGCUCAAAUGAACAUGCUGACUUGUGUUAUCCUGCUGGUCCAAGCUCUGCUAUAUGUGAUCCUGUAUCGGUUAAAAAGUUAGAUUUGCCACUGGUUGAACCUUUAAACAGAGAUGGAACCGACAUAAACGCAGCAUUGAUAACUCUGGCUUCUUCCGCGUUAAAUCUGGCUGAUUCUCGGUCCUCUCAGUAUAUGUUCAUGGAGUUGCAUCGUGAAUUGGAUGACAUUCUCCGAAAAUUAUCAACGAUUGAAGCAAUGAAGCUCGGAGUUAGCAUUUUGGAACAAGCGAAUGAAAUUUUGGAAAAGAAUCGAAGCCAACAAAAGUAGAUUAGACUCAUUGUUUCUAUGCUCAAUUAUUUUUUCAUUACAUUUGUAUAUCUACAUGGGAUUAACUGUUGUAAUAAUAAAAACUUUGUUAUAUCUAAAAAAUAUUUUAUCUGUUUCUUCAUAAACUAAUUCGAACUCCAUUUCAUCGAGGGUUAUCCGAUGUAUUCUCAAAGACACUUCGCCUAUUGAAGAAGUAAUCCUCACUUUAAUUGAAUGACCAAUUUUGAAACAAUUCCGAUACAUUUUAAAUUUUACACAUCCUUACCAAAACUAUUAGCAAAUAAAUUGAUUAGGGUUUGUACUGCAAUCGUGAAAAUAUGUAAACCUGAAUUAGGAAAAUUACAAUAUUUUAUUUUAUAUUUAAUAGACAUUUUUUAUUCAGGCCGUUUUGCGUACAAGCUAUACGUGGUCGAUUGAGGUGAUUUUUACCUUUUUUUUAUAAAUAUAGAAAAUAGGUAUAGAAUACGCUCAAACUUUAGAAAAAAAUUCCGAGGCCGAGUGUCAUAUACCAAUCGAUUCAGCUCGACGAACUGAGCAAAUGUCCGUGUGUGUGUGUGUGUGUGUGUGUGUGUGUGUGUGUGUAUGUGAGUUGUCAACAAAGAUGUCGAGAUCUCAGAGAUGGCUGGUUUUCCCGUCACCCAGAACGCUAUUGAAUGGUUUUGAGAUAGGAUGUUUACUUUUUGAGAUAUACAAAGUUUUGUGUCAAAAUUUUCAGUUUUUUGACAAUAUCUGUCACACUUGUCCUUGAAAACAGAAUAUGUUUCCAGACUUAGAUUCCGCACGGUAAUGGCUAUCCAACAAGCCAUUGAUUGUUAAAAUCCGUCCAUUGUUAACGGAGAUAUCGACAUUCUUAUGUUAGCGACUUUUCCCCCUAUUCCAGUAGAAGGAGUUUUGAGCGCUGUUUGACAAAGCAAUGCUUGGGAGCAAUGUGAAACACGAUUUUUAAUACUGUUACAUACAAUUGUUUCUAAGUACCACAAAGACUGUGUACAGCCUCCUUUUUCAUGGUAUUUUGCCUCGGAACGAUUUUAGCACGGUUCGUUUUUGGCAAAAUAAUCGUUCGAAUAUGACAUGUAAAACAGAUGAUGGUAGAAUUUUCGAGUUGAAAGCAAUCCAUAAUUAUAUUGGUUUAAACUACUUACAGCAAUAAAUGCUGGAAGAACAUAACUCCCAUAUACCAUUCGAAGCAGUUCGUCGAAAUCAGCAAAUGCGUGUGUGACAGUUCGACUUAAUACUAAAGACUGUCCCAGAAAGUAGUUUGA